AGAGAUGAAAAGAAAAGCAACCCAAUCUUCAGUCUGAAAACUCCCUAUUCUUCUUCUUCCUCUUCUCAACAUUUUAUCUUUUGGUAAUUGUUGAGAGAUUCUCCACACACACACACACACCUUCUUCUUUCUUUUUUUUCUUUGUCUCAAGAAGCAAACAAACAAACAAAAAAAACCCAAAACCCAAGUUGGGAAAUUUCAUUUUCUUUCCCCAGAAAAUCUUUUUUUUUGUUACCCAUUUUACAAUUAUUUUGCAGCCAAAAACAAAAAAGAUGAGAGAUUUGGUGUCAUGUUUCAGCGAAAACUCAAUAAACGUGACUCAUUCAUUAUCUUCAUCAUCGUUAACAUCAUCAUCAUCAUCAUGUUCAAGAUUCAACACCAGCAACGCUUGUAUCUCUCCAUCUCUCAUACCAUCCAUACAAACCUCCAUUACAAGCAUCUACAGAAUCACUUUAUCAUCAUCGAAGCAUCUCAUCAUCAAAGUCACAUGGUGCAACAAGAACAAUCAUCCUCCACAGUCCAACAACAAUGGUCUCAGCAUCUCUGUUUCCUCCGCAGAUCAAAACCCUUCAACGUCUCUCAAACUCAACACUUCCUCUCGCUUCUUCCGCAAGAAGAAAGGAAACAAAUCAGUCGAUUCCGAUCUCGGCAAAAUCGAGGUUUUCUGGGAUCUCUCUUCAGCUAAAUACGAUUCUAAUCUGAGUCCUGAACCUGUUCAAGGCUUCUACGUUAUCGUCCUCGUCGAUUCUCAAUUAGGUCUCCUCCUCGGAGAUUCCUCUGAAGAAACCUUGAGAAAAAAAGGUUUCGGUUUCGAUUUCGAUUUUGAAAAGUCUCUGGUUUCUCGGCAAGAACACUUCUCCGGGAACGCUUUUUACUCGACUAAAGCUAAAUUCGCUGAAUCAGGAGAUUCGCACGAAAUCGUUAUCAGAUGUAACGCAGAGAAAACAGAGGGUUUGAAACAGAGCAAUCAUCAUCAUCAUCAUCAUCAUUCCCCUGUUCUCUCUGUUUGUGUCGAUAAGAAGACGGUAACGACAGUGAAGAGGCUGCAAUGGAAUUUCAGAGGGAAUCAGACGAUUUUUGUUGAUGGGUUGCUAGUGGAUCUGAUGUGGGAUGUUCAUGAUUGGUUCUUUAGUAAUCCAGAAGGUUGUGGAAAAGCUGUGUUCAUGUUUAGGACAAGGAAUGGUUUAGACAGUAGCAGGCUUUGGUUAGAAGAGAAGAUGGUUAAGAAAGAUGAACAAGACAAGCUUGACUUCUCUCUCCUCAUUUACGCCUGUAAGACGUAAAAAAACCGAUUCUUUUUUUUUUUAUCGUUUUGAGAUUUACAAGAGAAGAUGAUUGAUUCUGUUUUUUUUUUAAUAUCUGAGAAAUUUUUAUGGAUUUGUUUUUUUUUUCUUCACUUACAAUUUCUUCUUGAAAGGAGUAUAGAUUUUUUCUUUACAUUAUUCUUUUCUUGGAGUUGUGAUUUAAUAUAGAGAAAUUCCAAAAUGUGGAUUUCUUCUUAAGAAGAUUGAUUCUAUCAUUCUAAAUAUCAAGUUGUUGUUCCUAUUUUCUUUUUAUUCUUUUCUUAUAAACUCAGGAUCAUUGCCUAAUCUUAAAUUG